UUGGCAGACCCAUUGCUUGGCAUGCCUAAAUCAAUUUCAUUUUACUCGUACAUUGAGGGGGACGUGACAUUUUAGUACUUUAUCUAUCUGUCGUUUAAUUAAGGCUUAAUUUUAUGCUCUUAAUUGCACAUAUAGAUUCGCUCAAGCCUUUUAUACACAGCUCUGUGUGCUUAAGCAAAUUUUGGUUUUUAGGAACCACCUUCAACGACAAUGUACGAUUUUAUCUUCAAUCCAAACUCCACGAAGGAAGAAUUUUAUGAGGAACUUUUGGUCCAAAUUCAGGCCAUCGUUAAGGAUCAAAGAAAUUGGGUUACCAACUUAUCAAAUGCGUCCGCCUUGAUAUUCCAUGGUUUGAACACGCUUAAGUUCUUCCAGGAGAAACCAGUAAACUGGUCCGGAUUUUAUGUGAGAGAUGAACAGGACACAAAAACAUUAUUGUUAGGCCCAUUUCAAGGAAAAGUGGCAUGCACACAAAUAAAAUUUGGGAGGGGGGUUUGUGGGGCUGCCGCUGCAAGCAAGGAGACGCAAGUGGUUCGCAACGUCCAUGAAUUCCCGGGACAUAUUGUCUGCGAUUCUAACUCACUUUCAGAAAUUGUCGUUCCGCUCGUCCACGAUGUAACUGGAGAACUUCUUGGAGUCUUGGACAUCGACGACACAUGUUUGGAUGCUUUCGAUCAGCGCGAUAAGACUGGUUUGGAGGCAGUGGUUAAAAUAUUAGUAGCUGGAUGUGAAUGGAACCGAUAAUUUUGUUAAUCAACAUUAUAAGGAAUUACAGAUAGCACUAAAACAGCGGAUAGUAAGCAAUAAUGUACUACAUAAAUAACGUAAAUCUAUAAACGAUAUACAAUUCUUUAGUGAAAUAUGCUGCCGAAUAUUUAAUGAUUUUAUCAAAGAUGGUCAAAUAAAAAAAAUAUUGAAAAAAAA